AUGUCGUUCGCCAUACAGAAGAGGCGGCUGGUCGGGUUCCCAACCGGAUUACUCGAUGUGGUCUGCCACCACCCGUCUCUGGCCGGCUGGAUAGCUCCGAGCUCCCAGAGCUUGCAACGCAGAGCCAUUUCAGUCCAGGCACUCGACACGAGCUUAGAUGGCAGAGAACGAGUGGUAGUCCUCGGCUCCGGUUGGGCCGGCUACACCGUGUCGCGCCGCCUAAACUCCAAGAAAUACCAAGUCGUCGUCGUCUCACCACGCUCCUACUUCGCCUUCACCCCGCUCCUUGCAUCCACCGCCGUCGGCACCCUUGAAUUCCGCACCGCGCUCGAACCGGUCCGAAGCAGGCGUACCAAAGUGAGCUUCUUCCAAGGAUGGGCCGAUGCAGUCGACUUCAGGAACAAGAGGGUGACGAUAGAAGAGGCCGUCGAGGACCCUAAUCAGGGAUUGGCGCUGACGAGUGACCGGCAUGAGGGGAAGAGUGUGGCGGAGCGGACUGAGGAGAAGAAAGAGGCUGCGAAGAAGGGAGAGUUGUUCGAUAUCAAGUACGAUAAGCUGGUAGUUGCGGUCGGGUGCUAUAGUCAGACGUUUGGCACGCCGGGCGUGAGGGAGCAUGCGCUGUUCCUGAAGGAUGUGGGGGAUGCGAGGAAGAUCCGGAACCGGCUACUGGCUUGCUUCGAGACUGCUGCUCUCCCUACCACGUCUGAGGAGAUGAGGAAGAAUCUAUUAAAUUUUGCCAUUGUCGGCGGUGGCCCCACUGGCAUCGAGUUCUCCGCCGAGUUGCACGACUUCAUCAAAGAAGAUCUCGCCAAGAUCUACCCAGACCUCAUGAAGCAUUACUCCAUUACCGUCUACGACGUUGCACCGAAAGUGCUUUCCAUGUUCGACGAGAAGCUGGGCAAGUACGCCAUGCAGCACUUCAAGCGCGAAGGCAUUGCCAUCAAGACCUCACAUCAUGUGAAAUCGCUACGCCUCGGUGUUCCUAAACCUGCAGAAGGCAAAGAACAAGUCAAAGACGAACACACGUGCUGGACACUGGACCUGAAAGAGGAGGGUGAGGUUGGGGUUGGAAUGGUGGUUUGGUCGACUGGACUCAUGAUGAAUCCUUUUAUCAGUAACGCCUUAGGCAAGGUGCAGUCUUUACCCAAUGUAGGCGCCAUCGUCGAGAAGGACUCCGGCGGAAAGGACUGGUUUGUCAAGAAAGACCCCAGGAGCGGUGGUGUCGUCACAGAUGAUCGGCUGCGGGUGGUGCUGGAGCCUGAAGGAGAGAACGCGGAAAAGCCUGAGGGCGACAAAGAAGGACCCAAGCCAAGAGCAGUACUGCAAGACGUCUUCGCUAUCGGUGACUGUGCUAUACUCGAAGGGACCACAUAUCCUGCCACCGCCCAAGUUGCAAACCAGAAGGCGGAGUGGCUGGCAAAGAGACUCAACAAAGGCGAUCUUGAAAGGCAGGGCUUCCACUGGAAGAACAUGGGCGUCAUGGCGUACGUGGGAAGCUGGAAUGCUAUCAUGCAAAGCGACGGCCGCAACAUAUCGGGUCGGGCAGCUUGGAUCAUCUGGAGGGGCGCGUAUUUGACGAAGAGUGUCAGUUGGAGGAACAAGAUUUUGAUACCGACGUAUUGGUGA